UUUGACUGAGACUGAAUGUGGGUCUGCCAGCCUGCCGUUGGCUGCUGCUGGCGUCGGCACUGACAACCGACCCGAGAUAUUCGCCACCGCAGCCAACUCCGCCCUUUCGGCCGAACAGGUCUGACGUUUGAGCUCUGUUUGCGUUUGCCGAGAGUGUCGCACUAACUGGGCCGACGGGAGGGUUGCUUUCGGCGUGCGGGGGCGAGGCAGCCUGACGCCGGCAACCGCCAACAUGCACGACUUGCACACGGCACUUUCACUGCAGAAAAAGAUAGAGAGUAUUGGCAGGAUGACGCAGAUGACGCAGGAUGAAAUCAUCACCAACACCAAAACGGUGAUGCAGGGCCUCGAGGCCCUGAAGAACGAGCACAACUCGAUACUGCAUGGUAUCGACGGCACCACCGGCUCGCAGCCUUCCUCGCUGCAGUCGGAACAGAAUGCGGUUGAGGAGAAGUCCACCCUCGUCCAGAAGUCGCUUGAGAUGAUCGAGCUAGGUCUCGGCGAAGCUCAAGUGAUGAUGGCACUCGCAUCCCAUUUGCAAAUGGUUGAGGCGGAAAAGCAGAAGUUACGAACACAAGUUCGAAGGCUGUGUCAGGAAAACGCUUGGCUGAGAGAUGAAUUAGCGAACACACAACAAAAGCUGCAGGCUUCUGAGCAGGCUGUGGCCCAGCUCGAGGAGGACAAAAGGCAUCUUGAGUUUAUGGCGUCCAUCAAGAAGUAUGAUCAGGAUAUUCAAUAUAAGGCAGACUAUGAGGCAAAUCCUACAGAAACUAACGACGAGUCAACAACUGAUAAGAUGGACAAGCCCAAGCAAGAUGAUCCUGUAGUUGACCUUUUCCCUGAUGAGGAGAAUGACGAUAGAACAAACAUGUCGCCAACCCCCCAAAGCCACUUUGCACAGCAAGUGAACGCUGGCUACGAAAUUCCUGCGCGUCUUCGUACUUUGCACAACCUGGUGAUCCAGUACGCGUCGCAGGGCAGGUACGAGGUCGCCGUACCAUUGUGCAAGCAGGCCCUUGAAGACUUGGAGAAGACGAGCGGACACGACCACCCUGACGUAGCAACCAUGCUCAACAUCCUCGCCCUCGUCUACCGAGACCAAAACAAGUACAAAGAGGCUGCUAAUUUGCUGAAUGACGCUCUUGCGAUUCGGGAAAAAACUCUAGGCGAGAACCAUCCAGCGGUGGCUGCCACUUUGAACAAUCUGGCUGUUCUUUACGGAAAGAGAGGAAAGUACAAGGAGGCUGAGCCUUUGUGCAAGCGUGCUCUCGAGAUCCGGGAAAAGGUCCUUGGAAAAGAUCACCCAGACGUUGCCAAGCAGCUCAACAACCUUGCCCUUCUCUGCCAAAACCAGGGCAAGUACGAAGAGGUCGAGAGGUACUAUCAGCGUGCUCUGGAAAUCUACGAGUGCAAGCUCGGCCCUGACGACCCGAACGUUGCCAAGACCAAGAACAACCUUGCUUCCUGCUAUUUGAAACAGGGCAAAUACAAAGAGGCUGAGAUCCUGUACAAGCAGGUGUUGACCCGUGCUCACGAGAGGGAGUUUGGCGCCAUUGACGGUGAUAACAAACCCAUCUGGCAAGUGGCCGAGGAGCGCGAAGAGAACAAGCACCGCAACAAGGAAAACGUUCCUUACGGCGAGUACGGCGGCUGGCACAAGGCAGCCAAAGUGGACUCGCCCACAGUCACCACCACCCUCAAAAACCUGGGCGCCCUCUACAGGCGACAGGGCAAAUACGAGGCAGCUGAGACGCUCGAGGACUGCGCGCUCAGGUCGAGGAAAGAGGCUCUCGACAUUGUGAAACAGGCCAAGGUCGCGCAGAUCCUCGGAGGAGAGACCGUCGCAGAGAAGAGACGCAGCUCGGGCGCCUCACUCAGCAGCAGCAUGACCAGCUCGAUGGGCCACCGGCGGAGGGGGUCGCGGGAGAGUCUGGAAGCUGUACAGUUUGACGCUGCUUCCGAAGAGUACGGCAACCUGAAGAGGAGCGCCUCCUUCUCUAAGCUGCGUGCCUCUAUCCGGAGGAGCAGUGCCAAACUGAUGCAGAGGUUCACAAACAGAUCCGUCGACUACAAAGACUCAAUAGAAAAUUAUAACAACAGCAUGAAACGCGCAAGUUCCCUGUCCGUUCUUAGUAAUCAGUUGGCUGAUCAGAGGCCUGGCGUGAAGGAUAUUUCGCCUGUCAGUUUAAGGGGUAGGACGGCCAGCUCCGAAUACCUGAGAAGACUUCAGGAUCCAUCAUAGCAACUAAAAUUUGAGCAGCUCUCAUCAUAAGCAGCAGUCUUGGAACUAUUCUCCCGCUCUUGAUCACUCGAGACCCUCUCAGCCUGAAUGGAUUAUUUAUUUAUAAAGAAAAAAUGUAUUUAGUAACAACUUUUAACUCAAUAUAUGCUUCUUGCCGAAUUAAUUUGCUAUUGAGAAGACUGGAAAUUUUAAAUUUUGAGAAAAUUCAGGCUUGUCUUUUUUGUUUUUGUUGUCAAGACGCAGAUCAAAUUUAUCAAGGCUGUAUGUGCCAUCGUAAAAAUGUGUGGACAAGAAAGUUUAUGUGCGUUUUGUAAAUGUAAGGAAGAGUGAUUGGGCCAGAAUGAGAACUGUCAAUAUGGUAAUGGGUUAGGAAAUAUCGAGAGUAACACUAUGCCUUAAUUUGCAACAUGAUUUUAGCACCGUCGCGAGAGAAAAGAACAAAUGAUGGUUAUUGUUUCAAAGCAAACACAUGCGCCGCCGCCUUUUGCUUUUGCACCACAUUUGCUUGUCUCUUGUGCUUGAACAAAGAGGAAUAAUUAUUCAUUCAGGCUCUGCAGUGAUAGACAAAAUCUCAUAAUUUAAGUUGUGGGUUCACACACACUCUGUAAAAUGCACACAUACAAACAGGAUUAUUUGAAUCAAGAGUAUUUAAGUUAGUUCAUAGCUCCUUAACAUGUAAUCUUGUGUACUUAAAUUGUUUAAGUUCCUUUUAAGAAGAAAAGUAGAUUCCCAAAGUUUGUUGAUUUGUGAUACUUUUGUUUAGUUGCAUCUUUUUAUCCAACAAAUGACCGAUUUUACAAAACAAACCCUUAUAACCUACUCACAGCAUGUUCUCGUGUCGGACGUGCCUGUGUUUUAGGAGAAAAUACUAUAGCAGUCGUGAUUAAGAUAUUUGCGUUGAUUCUGUUGAUGCGGAAGAUGAAUAUUUUCCAACUUUGGAAAGCAUCGUGCUUUGAAUAAAUAUGGCUAUCAAUGGCUACAAGUGCUAAGCUUCAAUAAAUUUGUGAAACCAGUA